AUGGCACUACGGCAAAUCCUAUCAUUCAACAAAAGAUUACUCUCAAGCCCUUCAAAUUCCGUGGCUGGGUUUGCAAGCUUUUCAUCCAAAUCCAAUCCCUACAUUGUGAAGGUUGGAAUACCAGAAUUCUUGAAUGGAAUUGGGAAAGGAGUGGAGCAGCACACGGAAAAGCUCGAGUCGGAGUUUGGUGACUUUCAGAAACUUCUCGUGGCCCGCACCUUGAAGCUCAAAAGACUCGGCCUCAAAUGCCAAGAAAGGAAGCUGAUAUUGAAAUAUGCCCACAAGUAUAGGCUCGGACUGUGGAGGCCUCGGGCUGAGCCUCUAAAAUCUUAA